ACUUGGACUUCGUUUUCACCUUUAAUUGUUAACAACACUUUUGAUUUAGCUUUAUAUAAAAUCUCAACCCAACUUCAUUUUCUUCCGCGGUUACCUCUAACCACCUUUGAAAUUAAGCAUGAAGCAAAAGAUUGUGAUGAAGGUGAACAUGAGUAGCCAGAAGAGCCGCACCAAGGCACUCAAGAUUGUUGCUUCAGCAAACGGUGUGAGUUUUGUGGGGUUAGAAGGAGAAGAGAAGGACAAGUUGGUGGUGAUUGGAGAUGUAGAUGCGGUUAAGUUAACCAAUUCUUUGAGGAAAAAGGUUGGACACACUGAUAUCAUUAGCUUAGCAGAGGACAAACCAAAUUAGAAGGCAUAAAUGUUGAGCAAGACAGAAACCAUACUUUUCCUGUUUUCAUUUUGGUGUGAGCUUGUCAAAUUUCUUGUUCGGUUUGUGUUAAUUAGGUGGGCAUUAAAUGCAACCUUAAUGGGCAGAGAGGGAGAGAGCAUUUUUGGAGUUCAAUAAUGAUAUUGUAAAUAAGCUAGGGAGUGGCAUUCAUGCCGCUAUGAAUGA